AUUAGUUCCACGCUCGGUAUUAAUAAAUAGACGUCAGAUUCUUUAGUUCUUAUUAAACUCUUCCAUUUCAAACGAAUUCUCUAAAGAGAAGAAAACAUGAAGAAUCAAUUGUUUGUUCUAUUUACUGUAUUACUACUAUUCUCGUAUGUUGCAGCUGAGCUUUUGUCGCCGUCAGAGGUACCUUCGAUUUCAGAGUCACCUUUGGUAUCACCAUCAGAUGCACCUGCGGUUUUAGAGUCACCUUUGAUAUCACCAUCAGACGCAUAUGUGUUGUCAGAGUCACCUAUUGUAUCACCGUCAAAUACACCUCUGUUAUCUCCAUCAUCUGAAGAUUCUGAACCAUCAUCAAACAAUGAUUGUUCUACUGUAAUUUACAGCAUGUUCGAUUGUCUUUCCUUCUUGACAAUCGGAUCAACAGAUCUAAGUCCAACUAAAUCGUGUUGUGAUGGUGUUAAAAUAGUUCUUGAAUAUAAUCCUAAUUGUCUGUGCAUAGCAUUGGAGAGCAGCCGUGACAUGGGAUUUGAGUUAAUUAAUAGAAAAGCUCUUGCCAUGCCUUCUAUUUGCAAUAUUCCCAUUAAUUCUCAUUGCGAUGUUGUAUCAAGUCCGACUGCAUCAAUCUCAACACCAGAAACAACUACGAUUUCUCCAUCGGAGCAACCUACAAAUCUAUCACCACCUGUGGUUGUGACCCAAUCACCGCCAAAGGUUAUAACUUCGUCACCACCAGCGGUUAGUAAUCCAUCACCACCAACGUUUACGACUCCAACACCACCAACAUUUACAACGCCAUCACCGUCUGUUAAUCCUUUACUACCGGCGGUUAUUUCAUCACCGGUUAGGACUGCUUCACCACCAACUAUUACUCAGUCAUCACCUGCGAUGACUGCUUUGUCACCUGCAAUAAUUGCUCCGUCACCAUCUAAAUCUGGAGCCACGAACUUGUCCAUAUCCAAACUAUUCCUUAGGAUCGUCACAAUUUCUACUUUGGUUAUGUUGUUUCCUUCAAUUUAAUUUAGUUGAAUUUUUAGUUGAAAUCCCUUUUCUGUUAUUAAUUAUUUAAUGAAUUGUUAAGAAAUAAGUUAGUGAUAUUUGUUAUCUUUUUCAA